AUGCCCGCCUCGGGCUCCAGCAGCUCCUCCUCCCGCCACGGCCACAUCAAGGUCCUCCGCGUCGACCAAUCAGGCGCGCUCCUCUCGCAUCGCGGCGCCGGCCGCCCCUUCUUUCCGCGCCGCGAGUGGAAAAAGUUGCCGUGCUGGGUGCUGCAGACGGCCGAGCGCGGCUCCGUGCGCCUUUGUGGCGACGGCCACCGCCUCCGCUGGCAACCCGUCACGAAUCGCCUCUUUGCGGGCGCGGUGAUCGACGGCCAGCCCGAGUGCAACGAAUGCGAGGCGCCGCUUCCGCGCCGCUCGCAGGCGCUGUUUUGCCGCCGCUGCUUCGACGAGGAGGACUCGCUCUACCUCGUGUGCGGAGCCUGCAACGGGCGCCCGCGCCUCCCGGCGCUCUGGCACGACGCGCUCUUCCAUGGCCCGCGGCUGCCAGCGGCGCUGCUGCCGCCGUCGUUCGAGCUGCCCGGCCCGGGGACGGUGAUAGUGGUGCCGGGAGGCAACUACGAGUUCCUCGCUUCGCACGAGGCGUGGCCGGUGGUGCGCUGGCUCGAGGGGAUGGGCAUCGCCGCGCUGGUGCUGCGGUACCGCACGCUGCCUGCGUUUGGCCUCGAGGAGGCGCUUGACGACCUUGAGGCGGCGGCAGAGGUGGCGAGGAGGCGGCGGCCGGGGCCGGUGGCUGCGGUCGGCUUCUCCGCCGGAGGCCACUUGGUGGCGGCGCUGGCCGCGCGCGCCGCUGCGAGGGGCCUCGCGCAGCCGCUCGACGCAGCCGUGCUCGCCUACCCCUCCAUCAACCCGCGGCCGUGGGCGGACCCGUACGAGUCCGGGUUCACGCGCGCCGCAAACGGGGACAUCGUCGAGGACGAGGAUGCGCUCUGCAUGCACAAGCGCGCCGCGUCGCUGCAGGGCUGGACCGACAACCUGCUCGGCGCAGGCGACGCGCCGUUUGGCGCCCCGCCAACCUUCCUCGUCGCAUCCACCACCGACACGAUCGCGCCGUCCGCCGAGCACACCGACCCGUACCGCCGGCUGCUCGCCCGCGAGAAGGUGCCCCACGUCUACGUGCACCGCGACCUGUCGGAGCACGGCUUCGGGCUGAGCGGCGGGUGGACGGACAGGUGCGCCACUUGGCUCGCGCGGCGCGGCUUUGGCGAGCAGCAGCCGGCGAGGAAGCGCCGGCGCGAGCCGCCGGCGGGGUGA